GGGGAGAUAACUGGGAAGACCCUCUCCCCCCCCCCCCCGAGUGCCUGUUCCAGUGGUUGAGGAGGGGUCUCCGAGGGUCUCAGCUGUUUGUAAACCUGUAUGGUGAAGAUUGAGUCGGUCAGUCUGAAACAGGGGGCUCCCUCGCACAGUGGCACGGAACAAUUUUUGCCCUACCUGGACACCAUCCUACACCCUACAUAAGAUGAUGAUUGGCUAGGAGGAGUUAAAGCCCGGCGUGUGAUUGGCUGCAGAAGUUAAAACGCGGAAUGUGAUUGGCUGAGCAGCCCACAGGAGGCUCCCUGUAAGGCGGGGCUUCGCCGUGUUUUCAAGACGAGUCAGUCGGACAGUACAGACAGGAGAACAGCAGCCAGCAUGGCUAGAAAACGAACCGAUCUGUAUGUCUGGGAAAAGCUGCAGAUUCUGGACGAGCUGAGGAACGGCAAGACGCAGAUGCAAAUCGUGCGAGAGCGGGGGAUCAAACAGUCUUCCCUCGCCACGCUGAAACGCAACGAGGAGAAGAUCCGACAGCAAGCGGCUUCCAGCGAGCACCCGCAGCAGCGGCGCUUCAAGCCAGCCUCCCCGGAGACAGUGGACAGCGCGCUGUGGAAGUGGUACCGGUUCACCAGACCAGCUGACGCGCCGGUAUCCGACCAGGCAUUGCUCCAACAGGCCGAGGCAAUUGCCCAGCGCCUCGGGAUCCGAAACUUUGACUCUUCCAACGGUUGGCUGCAGAGAUGGAAACUUUGCCACGGAAUCGAAGACAUCUCAAGCAAGCGGGCGACAGUUGCGCACGAAACUCAGCUGAGCGCACAGCCGAGUCAAGCAGAGGCCGGGCUGCAACAACACACCCACGAGUCCCGCCCUGAAACAUCCGAACCGAGCGGCGCCCGUUCCGUGCAGCAGCUGGACGCCUGUAAUCCGAGCUCUGCAGACUGGAGCUCGGCAGCGAGUGACGAUAGCACCCAGCACCCCUCCCCGUCUCUGCUCCCCACAAUUGCCGAGGCGCAGAGGGCGCUGGAGCUGUUGCACCGCUUCCUGGAAAUGCACGGCAGGAGAACCGAGGACUUGCGGGACGUGGCGCACGCGAUCAACGAAGUGGCGCGAGAGCAGCGCCUGCAGAUGCAGUGCACUGUUGCAGGGCUGAGAAGCUUUCAAGAGGGCGUGAAGCUGGACUCCGUUGCUGCCCCUUGUGUUGGGAGCUGUUGGAGUGCCUCUCCCCCUAAUCCUGCCCCCCUGUCUGCAGUGAAGGAGGAGCAGACUGGGUGUGACUGGACCGCCGGGCACCGCCACGUUGAGGGCCCGUAUUUGCUGGAAGACGUUGACACCGACACCCAUCUCGCACUCCCUGAUCCAGGACCAAACACAGUGGAAACGCAGACGGAGGGCUGUGCGCCGCAUUCUGCACCACAAGACUCCCACACUGAGCCUGGCAAGCUGGCGGAAGAGAAGAUGAACAGCCAGCCUGGUGAUAAGUGGCUGGCAAUAGAAUACGAGAAACUGCAGCUGAAGAGAGCCAAACUGGAGCUCCUGAGAGAGCAGGUGGACUUGGGGAGAAGCCAGUCACAGACCCUGAAAGAUAUUUUAACAGCAUUGAAAUAGGUUCCCCAGCCUGCUGCCUGCAUUGGAUCAAGAGGUCCGAAAGCAAGUGGGGAGGGGGAGUGAUUUUCUGGGGCGUCCUUUGCUGAGUUUGAGCACCACUGGUCUAAAUGACCCCUCAUAUACCACAGUGAACCCUGUGGGUCUCAAGGACUACUCCCCAGUGCAACAGGGGCGUGCCCGGACCGUUCUGCUGGCAUUCCGUGUUCUAGAAUGAUGAUGAUGUCAUGAGUCCCAUUCACAGAGUCUGCACCACAUUCCGAAAGCUGCUGAUUCCUCAUUAGCCAUCUGCUCAGAUAGAUUUAGAAAAGGUGUUUCACCAAAGCUGGUCUUCCCAGCCUCAGAGAAAUCAUUUCUGUGUACUGUUUAAAUUCAAGUGAUUCAGUUUAUUCAUUCAACAUUUAAACAAGCACACGUUCAAACACAAAAAUCACAAUUUUAUUUAUUUUUUUUUUUUUGUGGAAAAUUAUUAUUAUUUUUUUUUUAAAUCAAAAAAAAAAAAAAUCAUGUACUGUACAGAAAAAGAAAAUCUGCCAUCCCAAUAAAAUGAUCAACCAGCCGCAGUCCUGCUUGUGGCAUGUUUGUUUCAAUAGCCCAGUCUGGGUACCGUUUAAACCAGCAAGAAUAAUUCUGCUGGUAACUCGUUCACGUUUUCUUUCUGUUGAAACCAGGGGAGAGAAACUGUCCCGUGACAUGCAGCUGAAACCAGUGAAACAGUGGAGGUUUGAAUUGGUAAGGAUGCUUCCACUGCUCAGACCAGUAAAGACCUGAGUGAAGCGUGGCUGUGGAAAUCAAACCCCGGCCCGUCUGCUUUCACACCCUCGCAGCUAACUGAGGCUUUGUUAUUUAUUAUUUACAGCUGGGAAUGGUGAUUGGUUUAUGUCGAUAAUCUGUUUGCAUCUAUUGGCUGUGCAUCUUUGAUUGUCAAUAAUUGUGAAAUUUCAAGAUGUUUAGGGUUUUAGUCGAUGUAUCCACGGUUACAGGUCAUUUUUGUUUUUGUGAUCAAAACAAUAAGCACAUGUUUGUAUAAUUCAAAGAGGCGUGCUCGGCGACCCGGGUGUUUCUCCGCAUUCUCUCUCAUCUUUCUCUCUUUCUCAUAUUCUCGUUCUUGUUCUCGCUCUCUCUCACCGUCACAAGCGUUGUGUGUUUGGAACCUGCCUGUAAUUUGUCCUUCUCAAAUGACUUUAUAAAUGACAAGUUCUAUCUUAUACAGCCCUGUCCCACUUAAUAAACAAAAUACACAAUAAAUAAAUAGAGAGGCUUGCCCCAUCCUGAUGCCCUUUCCUUUUCAGGGAUCAUUAACAAUAAUGCCUGGUCCUGUUGGAGUCGAGAUGUAGCUUUUAAAAAUAAAAUCAGUAACACUUUAAAUGUGUUCAUGAUUAUUUCAUGUGUAUUAAGGGAAAUGUUCUGAAUUCAUGAAGUAUAGUCAUUUAAUUUGCGAUUAUAUAAAA